UGCAAGGUUAGUAAGAUGGCCGUUCAUAUGUGAUGUUUUGUAGUGUUUGUGUUUAAAGUAAUAAAUAUCGUGUAUUCAGUGAAAUAUUUAAUAGAAUGGGUACGUAAAGGGAAAUAAGCUGGAUUUCCAAAAAUCUAUGGAUUUAUAUAUGUAACGGAGCCAACCCACCAAUGAGAUUCGAACGACAUAUGAUGUCUGCGUCGAACAAGAAGCCGACGCUCCUGCCACUGCGGAAAGGUCGGGGCAUACUGUGCGAGUGCUCGGGCGCGAGCGCGUGCCCCGACGGCGCGCCCAACGGCACGUGCAGCACGCAGCCGGGUGGCUACUGCUUCGUGUCCGUGGAGGAGGUGCUCGAUGACAAUGGGCUGGUCGUGCUCGAUAGGACCGCCGGCUGCCUGCCGCCGGAUGAAUCGGGAUUCAUGCAGUGCAAGAGCUCGCAAGUGCCGCACCAGCACCCGAAGGUGAUCGAGUGCUGCUCGCGCGACCUGUGCAACCGGCGCCUGCACCCCGCGCUGCCCGAGCCGCCGCCCGAGGUGACGGAGGCGCCGCGCGCGGCGGGGGGCGGGGCCAGCCCGGGCGCGCUGGCCGCCGCCGCGCUGGGCGUGGCGCUGCUGGCGGCGCUGGCCGCGCUGUGGCUGCUGCUGCGGCGCCGCGGGCCCAAGCGCCCGCCCUCGCCGCCCGCGCCGCCGCCCGACGCCUCCUCGGGCUCCGGCUCCGGCCUGCCGCUGCUCGUGCAGCGCACCGUCGCCAAGCAGAUCCAGAUGCUCGAGUCCAUCGGCAAGGGCCGCUACGGCGAGGUGUGGCUCGCCACGUGGCGCGGCGAGAAGGUCGCCGUCAAGGUGUUCUUCACCACCGAGGAGGCGUCCUGGUUCCGCGAGACCGAGAUCUACCAGACGGUGCUCAUGCGCCACGAGAACAUCCUCGGCUUCAUCGCCGCCGACAUCAAGGGCACCGGCUCCUGGACGCAGAUGUUGCUCAUCACGGACUACCACGAGCACGGCUCGCUGCACGACUACCUGCAGACGGUCGUACUGGACACGAACGGCAUGCUCACGAUGGCGUACUCGAUAGUGAGCGGGCUGGCGCACCUGCACAUGGACAUCUUCGGCACGAAGGGCAAGCCGGCGAUCGCGCACCGCGACAUCAAGAGCAAGAACAUCCUCGUGAAGCGCAACGGGCAGUGCGCCAUCGCGGACUUCGGGCUGGCCGUGCGCUACGUGGCGGAGCGCGACGAGGUGGACAUCGCGCCCAACACGCGCGUGGGCACGCGCCGCUACAUGGCGCCCGAGGUGCUCGACGAGCGGCUCGACGUCACCAACUUCGAGGCGUUCAAGAUGGCCGACGUGUACUCGCUCGGGCUCGUGCUGUGGGAGCUCGGGCGGCGCUGCGCCACGGAGGACGGGCGCGCGGAGCCCUACGCGCUGCCGUACGCGGGCCGCGUGCCGCCCGACCCCAGCUUCGAGGACAUGCACGCGGUGGUGGUGCGCGCGCGCGAGCGGCCCGCCGCGCCGGCCCGCUGGGCCCGCAGCCCGCCGCUGGCGGGCCUCGCGCGCCUCGCGGCCGAGUGCUGGCACCACAACCCGCCCGUCAGGCUCACGGCGCUGCGCGUCAAGAAGUCGCUCGCGCGCCUGCGCGCCGACUCCGCCGUCAAGCUCGUGUGAGCUGUGCCCCGCCCCCUGCCCCCUGCCCCCUGCCCCCUGCCCCCCCGCGACCGCCGCCCGGUAAUCUCAGUAUUGUUAAGUUGAUAGUGAGUUCGAAAUUGACUCCCAGUGACUCGUUUUGCCCCCUCCCGGAAUCUCUGUUUCGUUCUGAUGGUGUCGUGUUGUACAUAUUUAGUUCGGUCCUUCGGGCGGGACGGCCGCCGACUUUUUGUAUUUAUAAGAUUGUAAAAUAGACAGAUAGGCCGAGCCGGCCCGUCCCGAACGAUGAUGUAUAUUAGCGCCGGGGUUCAGCGUUGAAGUCUUCCGAUAGAUGGCAGCUCUGUAGACGGACGCUCGAUGCGCUUUCGUCGAGUGAAUUGUGAUAUUUCGACAAUAAGUUUUACGAAUGAGGUGACGCUCGACCGACGUCGAGCCGAAAGUGUUCAUACGUGUGAGUGGCGGAUGUUUCUAGGGAUUGUACUUAAGAGACGUGUUAAAAGACUAAUUAAAAGGCGUGGAAAGUAUUAGAAACGAAUGAGUCUUUGAGAUGCCUUCGAGUAGUAUUAUUGUAUGUCGGUCGCGACGCGCUUGAUUCGAUCCCACCCCCCUAUGAAAUUCUGACAUGAUUGUACACAAAUUGAAUUAUUUUCGAAUAGCUGACAUAUUAAUUAAACGACUCUGUGAAACAAUAGGCUUUUUACAUUCCAAUAUGGAGACAUUACUGAAGUUCGAAUCAAGUGCCAGCGAUGCAUUUAAUGUACAGUGUUGUGUAUAUAUAGUGUUAGUGUAGUAUCUAAUACAUGUUUUUAGUUAAGUUACAAUAAAACAUAUUAUAUGGAA